AUGCAGAGGUUCCCGCAGGCAGGUGGAUGUCCCCAGCUGCCGCGCUGUUUGUGUCUGCUGCUGGCGGCGGUGGCCGGCCCUACUCUGGCCGACACCCCGGCCAACUGCAGCUACGCCGACAUCCAGGGCAGCUGGAUCUUCCAUUCGUCCGACGCCGACGGCGACAACAGCAUCGACUGCACCGACUCCACGCCGAUGGAGAACGUGGUGGUGCUGUCCCUGCAGGAGCCCAACAUAGCAGUCGACCAGUUCGGCAACAUCGGAAAGUGGACCCUCAUCUACAACCAAGGCUUUGAGGCCACUGUCAACGGACGCACCUACUUUGCAUUCUCUUACUACGAGCAGGACGGUGACGAAGUGACCAGCUUCUGCGACCGCACGUUCCCCGGCUGGUCGCACGACACCACCGUGCGCAACUGGGCCUGCAUUCAGGGUCAGAAGCAGGGCGCCAGCGUGCCCAAGGUGCACCGCGUCACCCGCCUCGACGCCGAACAGGGCGCCAAGAAAUACGUCAACAACCACAAGCUAAUCGAGGCCAUCAACGCCAAGAAGGGCGGCACGUGGACUGCACGCGCGUACCCGCAGCACGAGGAACUCACCGUGGCCGAGUGGCACCGACGCAGUGGCGGUCACAGGUCCCGCCUGCCCCAGCGUCCGCGGGCGGCGCCGAUGACGAAAGAGCAUCGCGAGAUCAUCCAGUCGCUGCCGGACAGCUUCGACUGGAACGACGUCAACGGCAUCAACUACGUUUCGCCAGUCCGGGACCAGGCCCAGUGCGGGUCCUGUUACGCUUUCUCCUCGAUGGCUGCUCUGGAAUCGCAGGUCCGCAUCCUCACCAACAACACCCAGCAGCCCGUCUUCUCGCCGCAGGACAUCGUCAGCUGCAGCGCGUACGCCCAGGGCUGUGAUGGCGGCUUCCCGUACCUGAUUGCCGGCAAGUACGCCAAGGACUUCGGUGUGGUGGCCGAGUCGUGUGACCCGUAUCAGGGGUCGGACACCCCCACGUGCGGCACUGACAUGAGCUGCGGUCGGACCUACGCCGCGCACUACCGAUACGUGGGAGGCUACUACGGCGCCUGCAACGAGGCACUGAUGAUGCAGUCUCUGGUGCACAACGGACCGCUGGUGGUCGGCUUCGAGGUCUACGACGACCUGAGGCCGUACAAGGACGGCGUCUACCACCACGACUUCGCGCUGGCUGAGCAGCUGGGCGGCGGCCAGAUCGACCCCUUCGAGCUCACCAACCACGCCGUCCUCGUCACCGGCUACGGCACCCUGAACGGCACCAAGUUCUGGAACAUCAAGAACUCGUGGAGCUCCGACUGGGGCGACAACGGCUACUUCAAAAUUCAGCGCGGAAACGACGAGUGCGCCGUGGAAAGUCUGGCGGUGGAGGUCGAGGUCAUCCUGUAAAGGUCACCUGACGUUCACCUCUUCUGCAAGGGGCAACGUGUGCCGACGACCUUUGUAGAUGAAAGCUGAUGGCGACUGCAGAGGGCAACGUUUUUCAACUCCUCGGCACCGUUGAGAUCAAGCGAAAUGUGGCGAGCGUCGUGAGCGCUGUCACCGGACAUGCGACACGAAAAGUCGCCAAAAAUGUGACGGAAAUUGUACGUCGUCCUAUGUUGUUGGUACCGAAAUACAUGGAUCGCUUUAAAAA